UUCCAAAUUACUCCGCGAAAAGGGAAAAAGAAAAGAAAAGAAAAGAAAAAGAAAAUCACAAUAAGGCGACCGUCGGAGUGUUAUGACAUCGCGGUUUCGGGAAAGAUAGAUUGGCAAUUUGGCAUACUCACGCCUCUACCGAAAACCGCUUUUCCUUGAUUUCGCAGCUAACAACCAGAUCCUUCAUACAAAGGUUGAUGGAGCUGGCGAUGUGAUUCGAGUGUUUGAUCGAGAAGGAGAUGGCGUGGUUUAGUGGGAGAGUCUCUCUCGGCAACUUGGAUCUCGCUGGCGCCGUGAACAAACUCAGUGAGAGCGUUAAGAACAUCGAGAAAAACUUCGAUAGCGCUCUCGGCCUCGAAGAGAAACCCGAUGGCAGUAGUAGUAGCGAAGCAUCAGGGUUAUGGUCAUCAUCCACAGAUAGGAAGGCACUGUUUGACCCUGUUAUGUCUUUUAUGGGACAAAAAGGUGGGGAGGAUACUGAAUCUAUAGAAAGCACCGAAUCCUCAAAGGUUCUCCCUGCUACUGUGGAAAAGGUUGUGGAUGAUUCUGCUAAUUCAGAAAUAGAGAAAUCUGAAGCCCCUAAAGAAAACAAUGAAGCAGCACAAAAAACUGAUGAAAUAACUACAUCUGCCAAUGAAGAUAAUGAAGUGGCAAGAAAUGCUGAUGUGAACCUAGAGAAUUCUGCUGAAGAAGCAAGAGAUACUUAUUUGAAACCAGAGCCUGUUACGUCUGCUGAAGAAGCAAGAAAUGAAAAUGCGAAGCUAGAGCCAGCUAUAUCUGCUGAAGAAGCCAAUAAAGACAUAACAAAACAAGAUUCUGCUGAGGAAUCGAAAUCUGAAAGUGAAGAGCAAAAGAGUAUUAGUGCUGUAGAUGAAAAAGAGACUGAACCUGAUUUGCCAACUGAAGUGUCUGAAACCAAACCUGAACAUGAUGAGGAAACAGAUUCUUCUAAAUCACUGAAAAAAGAGACUUCCACAGAAGAGUCUUUUGGAAAUCUGGAGGAAUUGGAAACUAAAUCAACUAGUCCUGCCUCUGAAGCUGAAGUUAGCACCCCUAUGCUUCAUCAAUCUCAUUUUAAUUCGCAGGAGAACACAGAUGAGGCUGAGUUACAGAAAGAAGAGAACAAAGAGGAAAUUUCUCCAGUUGAAGUUCAAGAUGAACCAACUAGUCAUUUUGAAAGUAGAAGACAUUCUGUUUCAGACUCUGCUACAUCUAAUGAAACUGGAACUGCUGAGGAACAUUCUGAAACCAACUUGCCCGUUGUACAACACGAUGAAGAAACUUCAAAGAUAGUAUCUGAGUCAAGUUCACAUGCAACUAAUGCAAUUACUCAAGCUGUUGAGGUCAAUCAGCGAGCAAUUGAUAAUGUGGUUGAUAUUACAGAACAGUUGAGUUCAGGGAUCAACUCUUCAGAUGUUUCCAGUAUGGUGACUGAACUGGAAAAAGUGAAAAAGGAGAUGAAAAUGAUGGAAACGGCACUACAAGGAGCUGCUAGACAAGCACAGGCAAAGGCUGAUGAAAUUGCAAACCUGAUGAAUGAGAAUGAGCAGCUAAAGAUUGUAAUUGAGGAUCUAAGAAGAAAAACCAGUGAGGUAGAUAUUGAAUCCCUGCGAGAAGAGUACCAUCAAAGAGUAGCAGCUCUUGAAAGAAAGGUCUACUCUCUUACCAAAGAAAGGGAUACACUGCGUAGAGAGCAAAAUAAGAAAAGUGAUGCAGCUGCUCUUCUGAAGGAGAAAGAUGAAAUCAUUACUCAAGUUAUGGCUGAAGGUGAACAGCUUUCAAAAAAGCAAGCUGCUCAGGAAGCUCAGAUUAGAAAACUAAGGGCACAGAUUAGAGAGCUUGAAGAAGAGAAGAAAGGAUUACAGACCAAGCUAGAGGUAGAAGAGAAUAAAGUGGAGAGUAUACGAAAGGAUAAGGCUGCAACUGAGAAGUUGCUUCAAGAAUCAAUUGAGAAACACCAAGCAGAACUUACAACUCAGAAGGAAUACUACACACAUGCUUUGAGUGCAGCAAAGGAAGCUGAAGCAUUAGCUGAAGCACGGGCAAAUAAUGAAGCUAGAACAGAACUAGAGGGCCGUCUAAGAGAGGCUGAGGAGCGUGAAUCCAUGCUAGUUCAGGCUCUUGAAGAACUAAGGCAAACGCUGAGCAGAAAGGAGCAGCAGGCUGCUUUUAGGGAAGAUAUGCUGCACAAAGACAUUGAGGAUAUUCAGAAAAGAUAUCAAGCGAGUGAGCGGAGAUGUGAGGAGUUGAUAACCCAAGUUCCUGAAUCUACCAGACCUCUUCUCCGGCAGAUUGAAGCCAUGCAGGAGACAAAUGCCAGAAAGGCUGAAGCUUGGGCUGCUGUUGAGAAAUCAUUGAAUUUACGGCUUCAGGAGGCAGAGGCCAAAGCUGCAGGUGCUGAGGAGAAGGAGCGAUCUAUUAAUGAGCGCCUAUCACAAACUUUAUCUCGGAUUAAUGUGCUUGAAGCUCAGAUAUCUUGUCUUAGAGCUGAGCAAACCCAAUUAACGAGGUCCCUAGAGAAGGAGAGACAGAGAGCUGCAGAACACAGGCAGGAAUAUCUUGCUCUAAAGGAGGAAGCUGACACUAAUGAAGGUCGUGCAAAGCAGCUUGAAGAUGAAAUUAGGGAACUCAGACGGAAACACAAGCAGGAACUGCAAGAAGCAUUGACACACCAGGAACUCCUGCAGCAGGAGUUAGAGCGGGAGAAAGCUGCUCGUUUGGAUCAAGAAAGGGCAGCUCGUGUUCAACCAUCGGUUGGGCCUGAUCAAAGUCCAAUAGCAAGGCAAAGGUCUGGAUUUGAAAAUGGUAAUUUGGCACGUAAAAUUUCGAGUGCUAGCAGUUUGAGCAGUAUGGAGGAAAGCUAUUUUCUCCAGGCAUCUUUAGACUUUUCUGAGACUUCAUCCGAGCGUAGACAUACUGGAGAGGUUACUAUGAAUCCAUAUUAUGUAAAAAGCAUGACACCAAAUGUUUAUGAAGCUUCACUUCGGCAGAAGGAAGGCGAGCUUGCAUCAUACAUGUCACGACUAGCAUCUAUGGAAGCCAUCCGCGACUCUCUUGCCGAAGAGUUGGUGAAAAUGACUGCAGAGUGUGAGAAGCUUAGAGCAGAAGCUGCAACACUGCCUGGAAUACGGGCAGAGCUAGAAGCAUUAAGGCGGAGACAUUCUGCAGCACUAGAGUUAAUGGGUGAGCGGGAUGAAGAGCUGGAAGAACUUCGUGCAGAUAUAGUAGACCUGAAAGAGAUGUACCGAGAACAAGUGAAUUUGCUUGUAAACAAGAUCCAGGUGCUUAGCUCGUCUCUGGGUUCUACUUGAAGCUUUGCUGUCUGAUACAGCUUCUUUUUGUCUGUAGUAUAUCCAUCGAUUAAAUUGUGAUAACUCUACAAUCCCCCCAUUUCCAUUACAGAUUUUAUCCAAGUACGGAGUUAAAUCAUUUCUACUGAAAAACUUCCGCCGUAAGAGUGUGAUAUGUAUUUGUAUAGCUUCUUUUAUUGUGACUUGUCAACUUUCUUUGUUUUUCAAAAUUUUCACUAGUCUUUCUCGUUUGAUUAGUUA